CGCUUUCCCUACGCAGUGCGAGGACGCGCGGACCCGAUGUCGACAGGAAGAUGUUGACGUUAUUCUAAACCUAACGCUGAAUAUCCGUUUCUAGGAAGAGCUGCGGGAAUAUUAAAGGCGAAGAAUGGGAAGGAGUAUAUGCGUUGUCUCGUAUGCUGAAAGCUUGGAGCGCAGACUUUUGCUUCUCAGCGGUAAAUUUAGAGGAGACUAGCUGCGUUGCAGCAAGCUAGCUAGCGACAUCGCAGCCCUUUUUGUGGCCCUCAGCGCAACCUCCCAACUACACCUAGCAUCCCGUCGCUCGCACAACAGGGGAAAAUGGUUUACCUGUUAAAUCCCAUAGAGAACCUAAGAGGCUACAUCAACAACCGUCCACCUCUGGUCAUUUUUAUGAUCAGCGUCAGUGCAGUGGCCAUCGCCUUCCUGACCAUUGGGUAUUUCUUUAAGAUUAAGGAGAUAAAGUCUCCAGAACUGACAGAGGACUGGAACACGUUUCUCUUGCGCUUCAACGACCUGGACUUCUGCGUGUCGGAGAAUGAGACGAUAAAACAUGGCCUGAACGAGUCCACCACUGCAGAGAGCAUGGUGGUGACCAGCGGUCAGGCUCGUUCCAGCACCCAGCCUCCUUUGCUGCUGGAGGACUCGGGUCCCAUUAACAUCUCUGUCUCCAUCACCCUCACGUUGGACCCCCAGCGCCCGUUCGGAGGGUACUCUCGCAAUAUCACCCACCUGUAUGCCACAGUGUUGGGACAGCAAGUCGGUCUGUCAGGCCGGGAAGCCCAUGAAGAAAUAAACAUCACGUUCACUCUGCCCGUGUCCUGGAACUCGGACGACUGCGUGCUGCACGGCCACUGCGAGCAGGUGGUGUUCAGCACAUGCAUGACCAUCACAGGGGCCAGCAAUAUCUUCCCAGUCACAGUGCAGCCGCCGCACUGCGUGCCAGAGACGUACACCAACGCCACAUCUUGGUACAAGGUGUUUACCACCGUCCGUGACUCGGACACCAAGUACAGUCAGGACUACAACCCCUUCUGGUGUUACAAAGGAGCAAUUGGCAAAGUGUAUCAUGCACUCAACCCCAAGCUCACCGUCAUUGUUCCAGAUGAUGACCGCUCCCUCAUCAACCUUCACCUGAUGCACACUAGCUACUUCCUGUUUGUCAUGGUCAUCACUAUGUUCUGCUAUGCAGUCAUAAAGGGGCGGCCUGGCAAAGUGCGACAAACCAACCCCGACUUCUGUCCUGAGAAGGUACAACAGACACCAGCAGUGCUUUAUGACCUCAACAGGUGGCGCUGUCAGAGAGUUAAAAAGACACCAGGGAGCUCUGCCAGAGGUUACCUGUAACAUGGACUCAGACACAGAAGAAAUGAAAAAAAAAUAUAUCCCAGUUGCCUAGUGAUCCCUGCAAAUUCAAUAAGGGACACAAACGCUCUGUGAAUGCAUUACUCUCGCAAUGUUGGGUUUCUCCAACCAAAGAUAUACAAGUGCCUGUAUCUGUGGUGUAAAUAUUUGUUGGAUCUCUGAUAUUCUGUGCAAAAACCUAUGUCUUGUCUAUUUUUGUUUGGGAUUGUUUAUCCCCCACAGCCCAUGUGCCAUGUCAGGACAACCAGAUAAACACAGUCUAGGCCAGAUUCAAUAACUUGACUGGACAUUUUCCCAGGAGUCUCACUGUCUCAUUUUUAAACAGAUUUCUAGAGCAUGAUGUGUCAUCUGAAAUAUAGUUGAUGAUACUUGACUUGUCUGUUGUCUUCUCAGCUCAAACAGCAAGGAGAAUAAAAAGUCCCUCUUUCCUGAAAAACAGACAAACAGAAAUCAAAUCUGGUCAGAAAAAAACACUUCAUCUUUUUUUUUUUUUUUUAACCCCCUCAUUUUAUGUCUAGAAUCUGAAGUGGGGCAGAGUGUGAAGGAAAUGGCUCUGCGUCCAUUAAUACAGGUGCAAUAUCUACAGUCAUGAGUCCAAUGAUCUGCCUUUUGUUUUCCUUCAUUAAUCAUGCUCCUACCUUUGUGUAGUUUUUAAGCUGACACCUUCCCGUCUGCAGCUGGAAAAAACAACAACGCAAUAACAUCAUGCCUUACCUGUGGUGGACCAGCUAAAUCAGAGGAGACCUCGUUAUCUGGCUUGUCCACCUUCGUACCUUCACAACCAAACGUUAUUUUGGUUUUCUUCUCCAGAAUAUUAGGUCUGUUUUCUUAUGUCUUUGUUGUUCUUUUUAAAGCGCCAGUGUGUUUUGUGUAUAUAGUGACUCCCAGUGGCACAAUUCAAGAACUGCGACCAAAUGAACACCCAGAAACUACGUCAUCAGUAAAAAAAACAACAGAUUAUUAGAUAUAUCAUUUCUACAUAAUACAAACAAGGAUUCUUAUUUUUACCUAAUUCUUUAUUUGUUUAAUUUUCUCUCUCAUCCGAAAUUGUCACACACUGGAACUUUAAGCCAUAAUUUAAAUCAUCCUUGGAUUAUCACAUUUUUGAGCCACCUGAUGGUGCAAUUUAACCUCGGUUGCACAUCUUCAGUUGUGUCGCAGGUUUAGUGCACCUUCAUAUUUCUGGCACAUUUUGUUUAUUUGUUUUUUGGGUUUUUUUCUUCAAGAUCACAUGUAAACUUUCUGAGACUGAACAAACUGGUUAGCAUCCAUGUAAAAACGAAUUUAGUAACUCACUAGCUAGUGCUGUUAACAGAGAAAUUACGAUUAAAUUACAGCAUUCUUCUUAAAAAGAAAGGCAGUGGUGGCGGUACAUUUAUGUUGAGGAUAAUAAUAAAAUGCUUGCUAGCACUUACAGAUGUAUGUCCACAUUAAGUGUUGCUGACUGUUAAUUGCAACUGCUUCAUUGCAUUAAUACUCCCACAUUUUUAUGAUUGGUUUGAUGAACAAAAAUCUGUUAAAAUGUGCACAGCUGUGUGAAUAAGCGUGAGUUAGUUUGGGACAUUUGUAGAUAAAUAAAGGUGGUCGUAGACGGAUAUUCUCUGAAAUCUCCUUCAUAGGGAAUGUUUUGAGUUGGCCUGAUUCCUUAAUCACCUACUCCUCUUCGGUAUGUUCCUCACAUUUCUCAUCAUGAUAUCUGGUUCUUUUCCCUUUAAACAUGUACCAAACAUCAAAACUAAAGGAAUAUUACUUUUGAUACUGAAAUUUAUGAAACUAGCAAAAUUUCUCCAUUGACUAUAUUAGGAUUUUGAGAGUAGAGUGAGAGACCCCAGCCUUCUUUGGACCUCAGUAGCUCAGCUGUACUUUACAGCAGGUUUGGGUCAUGAAAAGCUGGAUUAUACCCGACUCUGUUGGCAUUUUGAUACUUUCUAUGGUUAUUACAUAGUCAUUGUUUUAGUGUUUAGGUUUUUUUAUUUAUACCCCUGAAUGUUCAUCUUAGAGUCUGAUGACACAUUAAAAAAAUUCUGUAAUCUUUCUGUUUAAACUGAUUUCAUGCACUUUGUUUUAUUACUACAUUAACAGUUUAUACAUCAAAACUUAGGCAUCUUUUAUCUGCUUUUACCUAGUGUGUCUAUCACUGCUAUAGGACUCACUGUUUUCUGUUAAAUAACCCAAGAGAGAGGAGUGUCUGCACCAAAAGCCUCCCAUUAUAUUUCUAGUUUCUUUCUUUUCAGAAUUGGAACGGAAGGGUUUCUUUAACCGGUCGCAUCUCCAGGUUUAAACAAUGUAGAGAAGUAGAAAUUCACAUACAUGGCCACCAGAAGGUUCUCCCGCUGACUGUUAAUGAAUUUGUGCAAUAUGGGCUGUAGUUUUGGAACUGGAACUGUUUGUUGGGGGUUAAAUUUAUUUUUGAGAAACUCCCCAGAGAAGACUGAAUCACCAUAGCAACCAGUGACUCAGCAUCUUCUUUUUUGCAUAGCUUUUUCUCAUAUUAAUCACCAAGUAAGUUUUGGGCAUUGUCUGCAUCGAUCCAAAUUUCUUGCAUUUGUUUUUUCACUGUGAAGUUUUCUUCUACAAUAAGAACACAAAGUCUGUAGUUUAACUGCGUUCUCCUGAUCUCACCUUCUAACACUCUCUAUGGAGGAGAAGCAGAGGAUUAUAAGGUCUACUGUGAGCCUGCUUGUCAUGCUAUGUGGUUUUGUUUCCCAGUAGCAGUUACUGGUAACUUUGACUUACCUCUGUACUAUAAUUUUGUUUCAUAUUUAAUGUACCUGUUGAAUGUACUUUUUAUAAGCAGCAUAAUCUAAAUCUGAGGUGAAACAAGUGAGUUUAAACUGAGGUAAUUUGUUUUUCCCUUUUUUUCAGUUUGAAAGGCUUUACUUGAAUCCUGUUUUGUUUGAGUGCUACAUGUAAGAUGUGUUUUUGUAGUAAAUUUAAUUUUCCUGUUUUUGUUGGUGAAUAGUUGAAAUGUUUUUGGUUUUUGAAUGAUACUGUCUUCCCGAUUCAGAUAUGUAUCACAAAACUUAUCUUAUUUGCUUCCACAGUUGGACUUGUUUUUGUUUUGAAGUCUGGCAGCUUUUUGGACAGGUGGAAACUUUGGGUGAUGAAUGGGAACUGGGUGUAUGGGUGAUUGUUAUUGCCAAACUGUCAUUAUCAUCUGUACCCUGAAUUUGCCUGCUUCUAAUUCAUCUUUGAGUGAUUUCUUUUUUUUUUUUUUUAAAGAAUUGCCUCUGAUUAACUGAAGAUUGCCUUAAUAUUGUCCAGUUAUACUUUUCUUUGCUUCACAUAUUUUAAAACACACCGGCUUAAGUAACAAAUCAAGUGUACACUUAAAGGUUUGGGUUUUCAAUGCAGUUUUAUUCCGCUGUAUCACCAACAUGUUCUUUUCCAAUGCACCAUUUUGAAAUGAUGGUUGCUCUACAAAUAACUUUCAGUGCAGUGCUGCCAUUAGACUGUUCUGCACUGUCCAGCUGCAUCCUCCUCCCUGUACAUACACUAGAUAGGACCGUAGGUUUACAUGUGGCUAAGGCAUCAGUUGAACCCCCUUUUCUCUUCAGUGGAACUGCUGUAAAUGAAUUCAAAUUUAAAUAAACAAACUGUCAGAAAGGUUGAA